AUGCUGGACGAGAAUUUCCACCAACUGCAGUCCAUGGAGGAGGAUGGCAUCACAGCCAAGGGCUACGUCGCCGACAUGAUCAACCUCUUCAUCACGGACACCAAGAGGAUCCUCAACGACAUCGCCGGCAUGCUGAGCCAACCUGUGGUGGACUACGACAUGGUGGACGUCCUCGUGCGUCAGCUCAAGGGGUCCAGCUACAGUGUUGGUGCUAAGAAAGUGAACCUAUCCUGCAUGCAAUUCCGUCGGUUCAAUGAGCCAAGAAGCAAAGAAAGGUGCCUCAUGGCGUUGGCUCUUGCUUGGAGUGAGUUGUGUGAUAUGCGAAGCAAGUUUGAGGCUAUGAUGCAGAUAUACUGUUUGAUUUCUGAGCUGGAGGAGCGGAUCGCAACCUAUGGUCUUAAGUAGUAGCUAUGGAAGGAAAAAGAGAAUAGCUACAAGUGAUCCCUCCCAUGAUGGCGGUGUAUGUUUCUCUCCAAUGUAGACAAUGUACAAUAGGUGUCUGGCUCUGGAGGGCGAUUAUGAAAUAACGUGAGGAAUCUUGCGUAGGAACACCAUUCUCGCAAGUCUUCAAAUAAAACAUGCUGUUAUGUGUCAAUGUCUCUGUCGACUCUAUACCUGGUUGUGUCCGUUGGGCUGCCGCUCCAUACAAUAUUUAAAUUCUCUACCUGGUUGGUUUUUUUACUGGUGAAUUGGUUUUGUUAUAUGUUGAAGGCU